AGCCUCAUGUAUGCCUACUUGAUGCGUUAUUCUGUACUUCGUUGAUUGAUGUCUCAAAUACAAUACCAGACGCAUUGACACAAGAAAUAAAUUAAAAACCGUACCCCUGGUCCAGGUUUACAACAAAUACGUCCCAUCGAGUUGAUAGUCCAGCGUGAAAUAUAGGUCAGAGUGUUUGAAAAAAAUCAGCGGAUUCCGUAAUUACUUUCGUUAUACUCUAGCGCGUAACGUGAUGAUUUCAAACCAGUGAACUGUUUCAAACAGCAAGGAGCUUGGAUUUCAAUCAAACUGAAAACAAUCAAAUCGUAUUCUCUUGUCUCGAUUAUUUUCGUUUCACAAAAGCCAGGACAUCUCUAUAUACGUAUUAACACUUUGUGUAAAUACUGAGGGAUAUAACUCGUCCAUAAUCUAGUAUUCAGAAGUUAGAAUUUCACGUCGCUUGGAUUGUUCAGAGUGAGGCUGAGGCAAUGAGCAGCUUGAAUCCUGCAAGAAGAGAAGGAACACACAAACUUCAUGAAUGUGAUGUUUGUAAGAAGAGAUUUUCACGUGGUAGUCAUUUGGUUAUACAUCAAAGAACACACACUGGAGAGAAACCUUAUGAAUGUGAUAUUUGUGAAAAGAGAUUUUCACGUGGUAGUCAUUUGGUUAGACAUCAAAGUACACACACCGAAGAGAAAUCUUAUGAAUGUGAUGUUUGUAAAAAGAGAUUUUCACAUGGUAGUAGUUUGGUUAGUCAUCAAAGAACACACACUGGAGAGAAACCUUAUGAAUGUGAUGUUUGUAAGAAGAGAUUUUCAUGUCAUAGUCAUUUAAUUAGACAUCAAAGAACCCACACUGGAGAGAAACCUUAUGAAUGUGAUGUUUGUAAAAAGAGAUUUUCACGUAAUAGUGAUUUGGUUAAACAUCAAAGAACACACACUGGAGAGAAACCUUAUGAAUGUGAUGUUUGUAAGAAGAGAUUUUCACAUCGUAGUGGUUUCGUUACACAUCAAAGAACACACACUGGAGAGAAACCUUAUGAGUGUGAUGUUUGUAAGAAGAGAUUUUCACAGGGUAGUGGUUUGAUUAGUCAUAAAAGAACACACACUGGAGAGAAACCUUAUGAAUGUGAUGUUUGUGAGAAGAGAUUUUCACAUCGUAGUGGCUUCGUUGCACAUCAAAGAAAACACACUGGAGAGAAACCUUAUGAAUGUGAUGCUUGUAAAAAGAGAUUUUCACGUGGUAGUCAUUUGGUUAGACAUCAAAGAACACACACUGGAGAGAAACCUUAUGAAUGUGAUGUUUGUAAGAAGAGAUUUUCACAGCGUAGUAGUUUGAUUAGUCAUCAAAGAACACACACUGGAGAAAAUUCUUAUGAAUGUGAUGUUUGUAAGAAGAGAUUUUCACGGGAUAGUCAUUUGGUUAGUCAUCAAAGAACACACACUGGAGAGAAACCUUUUGAGUGUGAUGUUUGUAAAAAGAGGUUUUCACAUGGUAGUAGUUUGGUUACUCAUCAAAGAACACACACUGGAGAGAAACCUUAUGAAUGUGAUGUUUGUAAGAAGAGAUUUCCGCAUGGUAGUAGUUUGGUUAUACAUCAAAGAAAACACAUUGGAGAGAAACCUUAUGAAUGUGAUGUUUGUAAAAAGAGAUUUUCACAGGUUGGUAGUUUGCUGAGACAUCAAAGAACACACACUGGAGAAAAACCUUAUGAAUGUGAUGUUUGUAAGAAGAGAUUUUCACAGGUUGGUCAUUUGCUUAGACAUCAAAGAACACACACUGGAGACAAACCUUAUGAAUGUGAUGUUUGUAAGAAGAGAUUUUCAUACAGCGGUAAUUUGGUUGCACAUCAAAAAACACACACUGGAGACAAGCCUUAUGAAUGUGAUGUUUGUAAGCAGACAUUUUCGCGUGGUAGUAAUUUGGUUAGUCAUCAAAGAACACACACUGGAGAGAAACUUUAUGAAUGUGAUAUUUGUAAGAAGGCAUUUUCACAUCGUAGUAGUUUCAUUAGUCAUCAAAGCACACACACUGGAGAGAAACCUUAUGAAUGUGAUGUUUGUAAGAAGAAAUUUUCAUGUGGUAGUAAUUUGAUUAGUCAUCAAAGAAUUCACACUGGAGACAAACCUUAUGAAUGUGAUGUUUGUAAGAAGAGAUUUUCACAUCGUAGUGGCUUCGUUGCACAUCAAAGAAAACACACUGGAGAGAAACCUUAUGAAUGUGAUGUUUGUAAGAAGAGAUUUUCACAUGUUGGUCAUUUGCUUACACAUCAAAGAACACACACUGGAGAGAAACCUUAUGAAUGUGAUGUUUGUAAAAAGAGAUUUUCACAGAGCGGUCAUUUGGUUACACAUCAAAAAACACACACUGGAGACAAACCUUUUGAAUGUGAUGUUUGUAAGAAGAGAUUUUCACAGAGUGGUAAUUUGCUUACACAUCAAAGAAAACACAUUUGAGAGAAACCUUAUUAAUGUGAUGUUUGUAAGAAGGAAUUUUCUUAUGGUUGUAGUCUGCUUAGACAUAAAAAACACACACUGGAAAGGAGAAAAAAACUAGGAACAGUGUGUCUUUUUAAAUAGACUUUUUAGGCAAUUUCAAAAAACAUAAAGAAUGCACAUUAUCUAGAGAGAUGUCAUUGAGAACUUUAGAUUUUUGAAACAGCACAACAUUCAUAAAAUGAAUGAAGACUUUCAUUUAUCUUGUGAUCGAUGGAAUAUGAAACCAAUAAUUAACCUUACCAGAAGUAGAACUGAAAAAUAUUUUUGCAGAACGUAACAUGGUAUGGUAAC